GAUCUGUUCGAGAAAUUGAUUACAUGGAGAGUACAUUUCAUUAAAUAUCACAACUGAACAAGAUUAUUUUGACUUGCUUUCAUCGUCUUCGUCUCCAAAGGAUCCAUCUUUUCCUCUUCCCCCUCAUGUCGAAGCAAACGUACAGAGUGUGUUUCUGCUUUAACCGGAGGUUCCGGUACACCGCAUCGGAGGCGCCGCGUGAUGUCAAGACCCUUUUCGAGAAAUACUCGGAGAAUGGCGUCAUGACCGUGGAUCAUCUCCAGAGGUUUCUGAUCGAUGUUCAGAAGCAAGAUAAAGCCACUAAAGAGGAUGCGCAGUCAAUCAUCAACGCCGCGUCUUCGCUUCUUCAUAGGAACGGUCUCCACCUCGAUGCUUUCUUCAAGUAUCUUUUUGGUGACAGUAACCCUCCACUUGCUCUUCAUGAGGUGCAUCAAGACAUGGAUGCUCCUAUAUCACAUUAUUUCAUAUUCACCGGUCACAAUUCAUAUUUAACCGGUAACCAGCUGAGCAGUGACUGCAGUGAGGUGCCUAUAAUAGAUGCAUUGAAGAAAGGUGUCAGGGUGAUUGAGUUGGAUAUAUGGCCUAACUCCAACAAAAACGAUAUUGAUGUUCUUCACGGAAGGACUCUCACUUCACCUGUGGAGUUAAUCAAGUGUCUAAGAGCUAUCAAAACACAUGCAUUCGAAGUAUCUGACUACCCUGUUGUUGUCACUCUUGAGGAUCAUCUCACUCCUGAACUUCAGUCCAAAGUUGCUGAGAUGGUUACCGAGAUAUUUGGAGAGAUCUUGUUUACUCCUCCUGUGGGAGAAUCUUUGAAGGAGUUCCCAUCACCAAACUCAUUAAAAAGACGGAUCAUCAUCUCAACAAAGCCACCAAAAGAAUACAAGGAAGGAAAGGAUGAGGAUGUGGUGCAGAAAGGUAAAGCCUUGGGUGAUGAAGAAGUUUGGGGGAGAGAAGUUCCAAGUUUUAUUGAGAGGAACAAAAGUGGUGACAAGGAUGACUUAGAUGAUGAGGAGGAUAAUGAUGAAGAUGAUGAUGUAGAGAAGUUCAAGAAGAAUGCACCACCGCAAUAUAAACAUUUGAUUGCAAUCCAUGCUGGGAAACCAAAAGGUGGUAUUACUGCGUGCUUGAAGGUAGAUCCUGAUAAGGUAAGACGCCUUAGCUUGAGCGAGGAACAACUAGAAAAGGCAGCAGAAAAAUAUGCUAAACAGAUUGUGAGGUUUACGCAGCAGAAUCUGCUGAGGAUUUACCCAAAAGGAACUAGAGUGACUUCAUCAAACUACAACCCGUUGGUUGGGUGGAGCCACGGUGCUCAAAUGGUGGCUUUCAACAUGCAGGGAUAUGGAAGAUCACUGUGGCUAAUGCAAGGAAUGUUUAGAGCUAAUGGCGGAUGUGGAUACAUCAAGAAACCAGAUAUUCUCUUAAAAGGUGGCUCAGAUAGUGACAUCUUUGACCCAAAAGCCACUCUACCUGUAAAAACAACACUAAGGGUAACCAUAUACAUGGGAGAAGGCUGGUACUUCGAUUUCCGCCACACACACUUCGAUCAGUACUCACCUCCUGACUUCUACACAAGGGUGGGGAUAGCUGGAGUUCCAGCGGAUACAGUGAUGAAGAAGACAAAGACGCUGGAGGAUAACUGGGUGCCAUCUUGGGAUGAAGUGUUUGAGUUCCCACUGACGGUCCCAGAGCUGGCUCUACUGAGACUAGAAGUGCAUGAGUAUGACAUGUCGGAGAAGGAUGAUUUUGGAGGACAGACAUGUUUACCUGUUUGGGAGCUGCAAGAAGGGAUAAGAUCGUUUCCUUUGCAUAGCCGCAAAGGGGAGAAGUACAAAUCUGUCAAGCUUCUGGUGAGGUGUGAGUUUGUGUGACAAACUGAGAAUGUUUUGGUGUGUGUGAGAAUUUGGUUGCAAGGAUUUGGUGUGUGUGUGUGUGUGUGUGUGUUAACACUGUGAGAGUGAAUGUUUGCUUUAUUUGUUACGUGUUGUAAUAUAAGUGUAGAGUAAAAGGCAAGAGAGAGAUGGUCUUGUCUCCUGUGUUGUAUUGUAAGCAUACAUAUAGUUUGUUUUGUUGAACACUAUUUUCUAGAAUACAAUAAUUAUUUAUAAUUAAUUUUUUUA